AUGGCCUCAGGCGGGAUUCAGUACCUCUUCAAAGAGACCGGCUUGAACCUCGAGCCUCUGUCAGCGUCAGCGGUGGUGACGGUCCGAGUACCCGGAUCCUCCUCCUCCUCGACAGCGCCUGGCAAUAAGAGAUUGACGGCUAGUGGUGGCAGUGGUAGUGGCUUCGGCGUCGAGGACGAGACGACGUUUCGAUCUCAGAACCUCGCGUCCGCGUCUUCGAUAUACCACCGUCAGCACCAUGACACGCCGCGCAGCUUCCUCUGGCGCGUGCUGGAAGACGGGACGACGCUGAGCGUGCGCGCCGUCGACGUCUGCCGGAGGGACAGGGCCGCCGCCGACGCGCCUCUCAUCCUCAACUUCCACUUCGAGACGCCCCUCCUGCCCGGAUGCGUGGCCCUGGCUGACCCGCGCGAGCACGACGCCCUGUGCGUCUUCGCGCUCGACCAGUCGCACGUUCUGUGGACGUUCACCCUGCGCCCCGACCUGUUCAGGAAGAGGGCCGCCGUCGACGCCGGCCUGUCCGACCUGGCGAAGCGGUAUGCGCCCGCCGGACUGUCGUUUAAGCACCCUCACCGCAUGGUGGCUGUGUCUGCCGACACCCUGCUCGUCACGGUCAAUGACGGUGGCCUGAUGCGUCUCGACAGGACCACACCAGAUGAUGCCUCGCAAGGCCCUUGGAAGGAUUCAUUCUUCAAUGUCCAGGGGUGGAAGCAGAACCUGCGCAGCCUCCUCCCCUUCCAGGGCAACCACACCAUCCGGUACGGAAAGAUCAACAUGGAGUACAGCGCCGCGACGUCGGUGCAGGUGACGUCCCUCGGCGUGGAGGACUGCCUGUACGCCGUGACGGUCUGCCUGGACCACCGGAUGCGCAUCUGGAACCUCGCAGACGGCCAGAUCCUGCACACGGGCGACAUACUCGACGUCGACCGCCCGCCGCAGGAGGUGGGCAGGUGGGUCAUCGACCCCUUCCAGUCCAACCUGGUGCAGGUGGUGGGCCGCACGCGCGGGCAGAGGAUCUGCGCGACGUACUCGCCCGUGGGGGCCGGCGAGUUCAAGUUCUGGAAGAUCUCCGCCAAGGGCACGCACACGGUGGUGGUCGAGGACCUGUUCCCGCGCAUCAGGCUCGCGCCCAAGACGCCGUCGACGUCGGACGUGUGGACCCUGGCCGACUUCGUCCUGUCCAGCCCGGAGGAGGGCCAGAUCAACCUGUGGACGCUGUGGAAGAACAACAUGACGUACAAGGUGCAGAGGCUGCCGCUCGACCGACGCGACAUGGCCAAGUCGUGGGCCGAGAGCUGGGAGGGCGUCUUCGCCGAGACACGCGACUGGGCCCCCGCCUCGUCGGGCUCCUGGGAGCCCACCGAUGUCACGGAGAAGUGGCUGCAGGCCAUCCUCCAGCCCGGACGCUUCACGAAGGCGACGCUCGCGACGGCGCUGUCUAUCUACGAGCAGGGCCUGGGCCUGGGCGCCUCGAGAGACGCCACCAGAGGGCGCGGCAUCGCCGAGGCCAUCUGUACCGUGCUGGGCGCGACGGCCUCGCUGGACCGCGGGGCCUCGGGCUCGGCCGACUACGAGCAGUUCCGCGCGUCGGGGGAGACGCAGUGGCGCCGCUUCUACCGCCUGCUCCUGGAGCUCGACAAGCAGAGGGGCGAGGCCAUCGGCCUCGCCGUCGACCCGGCCACAGACCUAGCCUGGGUGGUCUGCACGGACCUCCUGUCGGCCAUCCGGGACUGCAGCGCCCUGGAGAUGCUGUACUACAACCUGCAGUCGCCGGCCGAGGACCAGGCGCAGCAGGCCGCGCUGAUCCAGUCGGCCAUGGUCUUCGUCGACGGCUUCUCGGACGGCUUCGUGCACAUGUGCGAGGCGGUGCUCCGGCCCGAGAUUUUUGAGGAGUCGUCCAGGACCGACCUCGAGCGCAUCCAAUACUUCUCGGACAAGUCGGGCUUCUGGCGGGGCAUCACCGACGACGACUGCGCCCAGGUGGUCAAGUACCUGGGCGACAACUUCUCCGUCGUCACCGACGAGCUGUACGCCGAGCUGCUCGACCUCAUCUCGGCGCCCCUCGAGGCCAAACGCCAGGACCUGCGCCACCCCCUCAGCGACUUCGGCCGCAGGCUCACCAUCAAGGCUGUGCAGGAGACCAUCGACCUGUACUGGAAGGUGUGCUUCAGCCAGCUGAUCCUGCUCGUCCACAUGGAGUUCGAGUUUGACAACGAGGACGACGCCCUCCACCACCGCGUCGACAUCGGCUCCGCCUACCGCCAGCUCGUCGACGCCCUCCGCCGCCUCGAGCUCCUCAGGUGGCUGGCCAGAACCGAGACGUCGGUAUCCCUGCCCCCCCAGGCCAAGUCGUCCUCGGCAUCGUCCUCGCUACCGUCAGACGCCAGCCCUGCCACCGUCCGCGCCAGCGGCGGCAACAAGUGGUCUGGCUCCGGCGAUGACUACCAGGUUGUGACGGCCCUUGAGGCCAACCUGGGUCACCUGCUCGGCUUCGGCGGGGACAUCUACCAGGACAUCUCCCUUGCCACGGCCCUGACGGACCUGGUGGCCAACCUGUGCGCCCCAGACAGCGACAUCGAGAUCUCGGCCCCGCUCAUCCAGUGCAACCUGCUGAGGCAGGAUAGGGCGGAUCUGGCCCUCGAGCUGUCCCUGUUCUGCGACCAGGAGCCCUUUUCUGUCUACGUACAGGCUCGUGUCUUCCUGGCCCUCAAGGAUUUCGAGUCGGCAGCGAACCACUUUAGAAAGGCAGCCAUUGGCAUGGGCACCGAAUCUUUCCGAGUGGAUCGGCAUAGCAGCGGCCUGCUCGACGAUACAGAAUGGAACAUGCUGAACAAGGGGGUGGGCAAGUACUAUUCCCACGUGGUGGCGCUGUUCGAGCGGUCCAGGGCCUUCUCGUACGUGAUCGAGUUCUCUCGGUUAGCGGUGCAGUUCAUGGGCGACGGCGACGGCGGCGACAACCUGACGCGGAUCGACCUCCUGAGCCGGCUGUUCAACGCGGCGGUGCAGACGUGCCAGUUCCAGCUGGCGCACACGACGCUCCUGUCGCUGUCGCAGCAGGACAGCGCGCUGCGGCACUCGAGCCUACGCAAACUGGUGGACAGGAUGUGCGAGACGUACCACAACACUGAGCUCGUGGCCCUACCCUUCCCGGGCAUGCAGCAAGACGUGGACGAUCUGCUGGCGGACCGGUGCCGCAACGCCAUGGACGUGGUCCACGGCUUCCCCUACCAUCAGGUCCUGUACUCGUGGAGGGUGCGGCACUCGAACCUCCGCGGCGCCGCGUCCGUCAUCCUCGACCGCAUACAGAAACUCCGCCUGGCCGGUGAGGGCGACAAGUUCUCCGGCGAUGACGACCUCGACACCCCCGUCACCAGGCAGUACCUCCUCCUCAUCAACGCCCUCAGCUGCGUCGACCCCAAGCAGGCGUGGAUAUACGACGAGGGCGUCCCCACCCAGCGUAACGCAGGCCUUCCCGCCUCUACCAAGAGGAAGGUCGUCUCCCUCGCUGACAUCCGAAAGCAGUACCAGGAAGAACUUGAUAGGAUUGCCGCCAUACAGAAUAACCAGUUUGGUUUCCAACCCGAUGAUGACGUGGAGAUUGUGUAG